AUGUCUGCUAAUCAUUUAAGUUUAACAGUGGGAAAUUCCAAGAAUAAUAUCUCAACUAAUAGCCAACAGUAUUUAAACAAAAAAAUUGGAAAUACAAUUACAAUAGGUAAAAAGAAGGAGCAGAUAGAACGUGAACCAGAAAACUUAUCAAAAGUACUAAGUAAUCAAGAUGAUGCGUCACGAGAUCCUGUGCAAUUGACUUUAUGGUUUCAUGAUCUACGGACAAAUCAUCAAGAUGUUAUAAUUGAUUCAAAUGCUAUCCCUGGUGGAGUUCAAAUUGGUCAAGUUUUUGAAUUACAAUCAAUUGAAGCUGGUACUUCAAGUAAAAAAUUUAUAUUCAAAGUCAAUUCAGAGAAUUUACGAGAUAAUCAAGAAGUUGAUAUUGACUCAAAAUCAAAAUUUCAAAUUUCAUUAAAUUCCACACCAUUACAAAAACUACUAGAUAUACCACCAAGAAGUCAAGUGCAAAUCAAAAAGAUUACCAAACUAGAGAGUAUUGAACUUGAUUCAGUUGAAAUUUUCAUCAAGGACGUAAAUUUAUCAAGAGAUGGUAUGUGGUGUUUUUCAAGUUCAUUAGUUGGAACAUGUGGUUAUAUAGAUCAAAGAGUAUCAUAUUUAAAUUCUAGAAUUGGUGUUAUCAAAUAUAUUUAUAAGAAUGGAAGAACAGUGUUCUCGGGUUAUAUAAGUAAAAAAACCAAGAUAAUUUAUCGAUCUGAAAGUGCUAAAUUAACUGUAUUAAUACAAUUAUCAAGAGAAAUGUGGCAUUUUGAAGAAAAUGGAGAAAUAAUUUUUCAUAAAUUAGUUAAUAAUUUAUUCCCCAAAAUUUUUAGAAGAUGGAGAGAUAAAGGUACUCAUCAUGCAAUAACAAUUGUACUAUUUACAAGUAUAGAUUUAACUGAUAUACCUUGGAUUACUUUAGCAGCUGGUGAAAGACCUCCCAAAAGAAAAGAUUAUUAUAGAGUUGUUGUUGAUCAAGUCAAUAUCAUGCAUUGGGAUAGAAUAAUGGCAAAUUUAAGAUUAGAAUUCGCAAAUUUUAAAAGAGACAUAAUGCUAAAUCCUGAUUCAGAUUCAAAAUUUGUAAUGCAAGGUCAAUCAUUACCUUCAAUAAAGGGAAAUAAUCUUGAAGCAAUAAAUGUAGGCCUAGCAUUAUUAAAUGAUAGAUUUAGAAAUACAGAUUUGAAACAUUCAUUGAGUCAUUUUAUGUUAAUUACACCAGGUACUGGUUUAUACGAUGUAGAUUAUGAUUUAUUAUUAGAAACUAGUAAAAAAAUCUCAAGUAUUGAUACUAGUGUGGAUAUAAUUUGUUUAAGUCAACCACCAUUACAUGUCACUCCAUUAUUUAGAUUUAUUAGAGAGGGUAAAGUUUGUCAUUGUGUACCUAAUUGGUGUGAUAUAUCAUUUUAUAAAGAACAUUCCACAGGUAAUGCUAUUGACAAUCAAUGGAUACCCAGAUGUAAAAUUUAUGAAUUGCAAAUGAUGGGAGUUAUGGAGAAUGAAGUUAAUGAUGUAAAAAUUUCAAGAUUUCUUAAUCCAAAAUCUGAAAAGGCAUAUUUAGAAAUUAUGGAUAGUUACGAUGAAAAUGUUUUUAAACCUGUAAAAAGAAAUAAGGUAGAUAAUAUCUCAUUUGAUAUUAAAGUUGACGAACCUAAAUUCAAGGCUCCAUUAGUCAAAGAUGCAACUGCAACAUUAUCGUUAAUUUUAAAUAAGAGGACUGUAUUACCACCUGACAGUUCUGCAACCACUUCAUCAGCUAUUGGUACUGUUACUAAUGCUGGAAUUGAAACGUCAGCAUUAUCAUCUUUAUACAAUAUAAAUAAAAAUAGUGAGGAUAAAAGAUCAACUACUCAUAUUGCUACAUCAUCAAUUGAAACUUAUAGGAAAGGUGCUGGCUCACCUCGUAUAAUCAAAGGAGAAACCUUAUUCACAAAGAAAGAAUCACCUAAACAAAGCUCAAAAAUUGUAUCACCAUUACCACUUCGCUCAUACCCACUUGAAGAAAAACUACCACGUAACAAUUCAAAAAAGAAAUCAUCAUUAGUAAGUGAGCCUGAAGUUGAACCUGAAACUACUUUGUUUUGGACUGAAGUUGCAAAUCCAUCCAGAGAAUUAAGUAACAAUGUGCUACAAAUGGUUUCAAGAUGGAGUAAUCUAUUCCCGGAUAAAGUUCAAAGACGAAAUAUCAUCAAAUGGAGAUCAUUUCAAGCACCAGCUGCAUUACCUAUCACAACAGGAUUGUUUCCUAGUUAUUCACAAUUAGAAAGAGAUUAUACUUUUCAAAAUUAUACAGUGUCAUUAAGUUGGGAAAAUUAUUAUGAAUUAAAAACAACAACUGAUUUAAUGAGAGAAAUGAUUCAAUUAAGAUUAAUGUUGGGUUUUCAAAUUUGUUAUGGAGAAAAAGUUAAACGAGCAGAAGCUGAUAGAAAACCAUUUGGUAAUGUUGAAAGUUUAAUUAAAUAUUUCCCAAGUAAUGCACUUGGUUCAACAAUAUAUUUAACAUUAGAUGAUGAGAUUCAUAGAAUAUUUUGUGAUUACAAUGGUAAUGUCAGUGUUCAAUUAUAUAGAAGAAGUGCAAAAGAAGAUUUAUUCAAAAUUACCUUGGGACAAAAUAAAAUCAAACCAUAUUUCCCAUUGAUUAGAACAAGAUACGCUGAUGAAUAUACUCCUGCUCAAGUUGAUGCCAUUGCAUCUCAACCACAAAAGUAUAAUUGGAAUCAAUUUGAUCAAGUAUUAGCUGGAUUUGAUGAUGCAAUGCCAGAAGAUAAAAAGGAGUUUCAUAAAAUGAAGUUUGUUAUAAUGCCAGCAAAUAUUCCCAAAAAUGCAUAUUUUUUAACUAAUGAAAAUUUAACACCAGAAGAAAUUAGACUUGAAGGAUUAAGUAAAUUAAUUACAGUUAUAAAACGAGGUAAAUAUGGAUUAGAUAAAAAAAGAGCAAGCAAAGAUUAUGAUGAACGAUCAGAAUUAUUAUUCUAUACAGGGAAUUUAUAUGAUUUUUUAACUGAAGAAGCUCAAAAUUAUGAUAUUACUGGUACACACCCAAAAUUAAUGAUUUCUGAAAAUAUGAGAUUAAAUAAAUCUAUUAAAUUACCAGAUUUGAUUACUGAAUUGACUAAUGAACAAACAGGUUUAAAUUUAAUGGAUAGAACUUGGCAUUUCAAAAGGCAUUUACAAUGUUUUAUUGGUGGAGAAUUCACAUCAUGGUUGGUUGAUAAUUUUGAAGAUAUUGAUACAAGAGAAGAAGGUGCCACUUAUGCUCAAAAUUUAAUGAAUAGAGGUUUAUUUAGACAUGUUGAAUCAAGACAUGCCUUUAUUGAUGGUCAUUACUUUUAUGAAUUUUGCGAAGAAUAUUAUAAAGCUCAAAGUAGAUGGUUUAGUAAGAAAGAAGGAUCAACGACUCCGAAAUCUAAUGCAUCACCAAAAGUUCAAGAUAUUCCAGAGCUCCCCAAAAUUACAUCAUCAAUGAACUUACCUUCUGAAGUAUCCUCAAUGUCUGAUUCAUUAGGUAAAAAAAGAAAGAAAUUUGUUCUUAGUAAAGCCAUUAAAUUUGAUGUUGAUCCAUUGAAAAAAUCUUAUAGACCAGAAUUAAUGACUGUUCAUUAUGAUAGAGUUCAUAAUCCUGAGCAUUGUUACCAUAUACGAUUACAAUGGUUAAAUACAACAAAUAGAUUUAUUGAGGAUGCAAUUACUGCAUGGUCAAGAUUAUGUGAAAGACAUGGUUUAAAAUUAGUUGAAACUCCAUGGAAAGAAUUAUGUAUGAUUCCAAAAUUGAGUCCAUUUCAUUCAUUUGUUGAAAUGAAACUUUCGUUAAGUCCAUGGUUAGAUGAAGAAUUUGUUGAUGAUAAAAUUUUAUCAUCAAAUAAAUAUUAUUAUCAUUUAUAUUUACUUAAAAAAUUGGAAUAUUUACUUGAUAAUAGAUCAACUUCAUUUUUUUCAAAAGAAAACAUUGAUAUUUCAUAUUCUUGGGGUAAACCAUCUUUUCAAUAUGCACAGUUUAUUCAUAAAACUGGUUAUUAUAUAGUUGAAUUACGAGAUAAUGGUGAUUUUUUUAUGGCUCCAAAUAAUAUGCAUGUUACAAGAUUAUGUUCAAAUUUAUCAGCUGGAUCUUCUGAUUAUGAAUCUAAUUCGAAUGCUAUACAUGUUGAUUCACAACAAAUAAUGUUAAAUUUUAGUUUGGCAUGUAAAAAUCCUGAAUUCUUAAGAGAUAUCUAUAAAGAAGCAAAAUCAUUAUGGAGAGAAGAAUAUUUUUCACAAAUUAUUUAA